AUGUCUCAGGCGGCGGCGGGGAGAGGCGGGCGGGUUAUCGGCGAUUACGCGGUGGGUCGACAAAUCGGGUCGGGUUCGUUCUCGGUGGUUUGGGAAGGGAGGCAUCUUGUCCAUGGCACCGUGGUUGCAAUCAAAGAGAUCGCCAUGGCUCGGCUUAACAAAAAGUUGCAGGAGAGUCUCAUGUCGGAGAUUUUCAUUUUGAAGAAGAUCAAUCAUCCCAACAUCAUCCGCUUUAUCGACAUGAUCGAGCACUCGCUUUCUGAUUCUCCCGAGUUCCCUUUGGUUCUCAUAGCUCCCGGGAAAAUAAAUUUGGUGUUGGAGUACUGCAAAGGGGGUGAUCUGUCUAUGUUUAUUCAGAGACAUGGAAGAAUCGCUGAUGCGACUGCUAAGCAUUUCAUGCAGCAGUUAGCGGCUGGUUUACAAGUUCUUCGUGACAAUAAUAUCAUUCACCGAGAUUUGAAGCCUCAGAAUCUUCUUCUAUCCACAGAUGAUAAUGAUGCAGCUCUGAAGAUUGCGGAUUUUGGAUUUGCAAGGCUUAGAUCUUUGCAGCCUAGGGGUUUGGCAGAAACUUUAUGUGGUUCUCCACUGUAUAUGGCCCCAGAGAUUAUGCAGCUUCAAAAGUAUGAUGCAAAGGCAGAUCUCUGGAGUGUUGGUGCUAUAUUAUUUCAACUUGUGACAGGCAGAACCCCUUUUACAGGAAACAGCCAAAUUCAGUUGUUCCAGAACAUUAUGAGAUCAACUAAAUUGCAUUUUCCAGUAGACUGUAGAGACUUGUGUACUGACUGUAAAGAUCUAUGUCAAAAAUUGCUGCGCCGUAAUCCAGUGGAACGCUUGACAUUUGAAGAGUUCUUUCAUCACCCUUUUCUUUCAGACAGACAAUCAUAUGAUUUGCCAAGGAGUAGAUUAGGUUCAAGAACGAUGGAUGAUUUUAAUUCAUCCGGAAGUAGUCCCUCAAGAAACAUGGAAGAAAUCUCUCAAGAGGACGGUUUGCCGUUCUUUUUAGAUGAUGAUUCUAGUGGACCUGAGGGAAGCCCUUCAUAUGUUAAACAUACCUCCCCGAUGAAGUCUUCUUAUGGAUUUAGUAUUGAGAGCAGAGGUGAGAGAAGGGAGGCUGCAUCUAGUCCUCUGAAAAACAUGGAACUUACUUCCAGAUAUAGUAGAGUUAGUAAUAGAGCAGAAACUAAUAAAUUCAAGUUCGAAAGCCAUAGAUUAUCAGAUAGAAACCAAUACAGACCCUCAAGCUUGCCUGAUUCCAGAUCACUUAGUACUCAAGGAAGAGGGGAUUCGCCAGAUUCAAUGGAUCAAGAUUAUGUUCUGAUAUCUGGACCACCAGUGGAUAUACCAUCAUCUGCAUCUGGUUCUCCGAAGCCUUUCAAUUACCCAUUCAAAUCGCAUUCUCCUCCUGUAGAGUUCACUAAGAGAAACGUAACUACUUCAACGCCUCCUAUGCCAAUAGCUGGUUCCACUGGCAGCAACAUUGGUCGGUUUGAAAGCUUGGAGAGUCAGAAUUCUCUCCCCGGUACUUCCCAUGGGUCUCUGGACCUUGUGGAUGCUUUUGAACAGCCGUCAACUAACAGCACGACAAGAAUCCGGUCUUUGCAAAAGUGUGCAGCAACGAUUGCAGAAUUGGUUCGUGAAAGAACUGAAUCAGGUAAACAGUUAGAGGCUUUCUCGAUCCAACUUGUGAUUCUUGCAAUCUGGAAUCAAGCACUGCACAUCAGUCAUACUCAGGCGGUCUCGGGCCUAGAAGGAAGCUUGCGCCAAGACACUAACAGAGUAAGAAGGAAUAUCAUCCAUGAAGGUUCAGAGAAGAUAUUGUCUCAGAUUCAGAGAGAGUUUGUGCAAGAGGUCGAGCGUGCUGAAGAACUUGCCAAGUUUGUUGAACCUGGCAAUACAAAGAUGCCGGAUGCAAUGGAGAUAAUAUUCCAAGCAGCUCUUACUCUCGGCAUACGUGGAGGGGUGGAUGAGGUGGUGAUGGGAGAGGCAGAGAACGCAGGAAACCUCUACUCAAAAGCGGUGCGCUUGCUAGUCUUCCUUGUAGUGGAGGCGCAAACGCUGAUUCUAAAUCCGCCUUUGACGCUCACAAACUCAGUAAAGUAUCGAAUCAGAGUAUAUAUUGACUCCCUCAUAAGCAGAUUAAAACAUCUACAGUCACAUAAAAGAACUCCAGGUCUUCAGAAACCAUGA